UGUGCGGGGCGGGAGGCAGGGCGCUGUCAAAUCGAAUUAAAACCCUUGAUUUGCAAUUAUGCGUUUAUUUUACGAGAAAACGCUUAAAAAACGAAAUAAUAGCGUCGCUUCAUUAAUAUAACUGUUAAUUACCCGCGACGGUUGCCGCAGAAGCGUAAAAUGUGCAAUGUUUGGUGUCAAAAUAUGUGCCGUGUAUAAACUCUGAUUUCUAUUUUUGUUUUGUAGCCCAGUUUAACAAUAUAUAUUAUUUAUUCUGUCGGAAUGUUCGAUCGAAUGCGUUUUGUAGCAUUUAUUACCGUUUGUAGUUGUUCAGUACUCUCACCGAAGCGUAAAUAAAUGAGAAUGAUCAAGCUUUCGAUGUACACUGCCAACUUGAAGUACAAAAUUGUCCUACUUUAGUGCCAAAAAUAGUAAAAAGAAACAAACCAACUUGAAAACCAGUGUAAAUGUGAACGUGGCUGUGAAUUUUGCAAUAAGACUUCCAUAGACUAUUUUUUUACUUCUAUCCACACAACCAUCUUUAAAAAAAAUAUAAAAAAGUGAAAUUAGCGGGAAAAUCCAGUUUUAAUACAUAGGAACAUUUAUAGUGAAUAUAUUUAAAUAUGAUCUGGAGGAUAUGAGGCGAGUGUUUGGAGUCUGCUCGGAGAGUUGGUACCUGUGCGGACAGAAUGGCUCCCCUCACGGCUCCGUGAUGUCUUGCCAGUCGCUGGCGGCGCGAGCGUUCGCUGAGCCAGACAAACCGGAGGCGCACUGCUCUGGCUUCCACAGGUCGGUGCGGUUCAGUUCGGAGUCCCGGAGCUCUACGCGCGCCUCCAACGAUGUGGAUUGCAAGAGAGAGACGCCGGGGUCGAUAUCGCUGACGGCGUUGUCGCUGACCCCCGUGUCCGGGGCGGCCGCCAUGAGUCAGUCAGCGCCCUCUGGUAAUGGCUUUCCGGAUGUCGACACGCCGCCAUCGCCUGCCUCCUGCCGCUUCCCCAAGCUAGAAGAAUGCGCACAUUUCCACUACGAGCGGGUCUGCCUCGGCGGACUCAGCAUAGAGCUGGGGCCGGCGCAAGAACCCGCGGACUCACCGCAAGGGGAGGGCUGGAUAUCCCUGAAGGUCCGUUCGCACGUGUCCUGGCGAGACAAGUCGUCCACCCGCGCGCUGCACUGCUCCUGGUCGGAGGCGAGCGACGUGCGCGAGUGGACGCUGGCCAGGAACGCGGACCACUGCCGGCAGCUGGACGACAUGCUGCACAGAUGCAUAUACGACCGCAAAGUCUCCGGCCUGCCCAAUCUGACCGAGAAGAUCAACAGCUCCCAGGACGAGACAGAGUACCGGAGUCUCAUAGCGGAUUACAUGCACCACCUGUCCAUCAUAGCAGAUGACUCCAUCAACUGCGGGCCUGUGUUGAACUGGCUGCAAAUGGAUAAUAAAGGCCACAAGCUGUUGGUAGCCAACGAAGAUUCCAGCUCCAUAAACACGCCGGCAGUCGCCGCCGCCUAUUCCGUACGAAAAUAUGUCUCACAGGCGAGGGACGAAAUCAGUUUCGAAGUUGGAGAUAUGAUCUCAAUUAUUGACAUGCCCGGCCCUCAAGAAUCCACUUGGUGGCGCGGCAAACGCGGGUUCCGAGUGGGGUUCUUCCCGCAUCACUGCGUGGCUGUCAUCGGGGAUAAAGUGCCUCGCCACAUGACGCAGCCGCCUCCUAUAGUCGGUUCCGUAGCAGUGGCCCCAAUAAAGCCAGUCCUGCGCAAACACGGGAAACUCAUCUCGCUGUUCCGGAGCUUCAUACUGUCCCGGCCUUCGAGACGGCGGCUCAAGCAGCAAGGCAUCCUGAGGGAGCGAGUCUUUGGCUGCGACCUCGGGGAGCAUUUACUCAAUUUCGAACAUGAUGUGCCCUUAGUGCUAGUCGAGUGCGCCAAGGCGAUAGAAGCCCGCGGUGCCGUGGACGGCAUCUACCGCCUGUCCGGGGGCUCCGGCCUCACGCAGCGCCUCCGCGCGGCCUUCGACAGCGGCGAGGCGCCCGAACUGCCGCAGGACCCACACGCCACUGCUUCCCUGCUUAAGAUGUACUUCAGAGAGCUACCGAACCCGCUGUGCACGUACCAGCUGUAUGAGAGCUUCGUGUCCGCCGUCCAGACAGAGGAGCCCAGGCGGCUCAAGGCGGUGAGGGACGUCGUGGUCAAACUGCCGCCGCCACACUACAGAACUCUGGCGUACCUGAUGCGUCACCUGCGGCGCGUGUCGCUCCUGGGCGACGUGACGGGGAUGACGGCGCGCAACAUGGCCAUCGUGUGGGCGCCCAACUUGCUCCGCUCUCCCCGCCCGCAGCACGCGCUGCAGCACGUGUCCGUGCAGGCGGUGGUCACAGAAUUCCUGAUCUGUUACGCGGAGGAACUCUUCGCCGAGGAGCAAGACUGGGACUCUGGACCUGAAUCGCUCAAUUCGGAGCAGUUGGAACACGUGGAGUUACGCGGCCACGAUUCGUGUCGCCGCCCGAAGAGUCUGCCGCUCAACCCGCCUACAAAAUUACUCAGCUUGGAGGAGGCGCGGCGGCGCGAGAAGUGCGCGUCGCAGGCGGCGCCGCGCCUGCCGCCGCCGUCGGGCGCCAUCGCCGCCGCCGCCCGCGCGCGCCCGGAGCCGCAGCUGCGCCCCGCCUCGCAUCUGCGCCCCAAGUACAUCGAGGUCGGAUCGGGGCCAGACAACCUUCCGCAGUACCACACCGUAUUAGAUCUGCCGUUAUCAGGAGCGAAGCGUGGCCUAAAGAGAUCUCCGUCAGGCUGGCGCGGUCUGUUCUCGCGAAGCAAACUGCAACGGCACAAGGCAGCCCUGCGACCGCAAGUCACAGCCCCCGCACCGGUUCCCGUAGAGUGUUCGCAGGACAUACCGAUGAACCCGGCGGGCCUGCGGCCGGUGAAGUCGUGCGAGUCGCUCGCGUCCGACGGAGACACCGUGGCGCCCCUGGCGGAGCGGGCCAUGAAACCGCUCAAACACCACACCAGAUCGUCAUCGUGCGACUCUUACUUCGAGCCGUGGCAGGCCGAGCUGGCCGACAUGCGCCUGCGGCUGUCUCCUCAAGAGAGGGACAGACAUAUGUUUAGCGAGGAGGACGACACGCACGCACUGCCCGCGCAGGACGACUCGCUGUGCUCGACGCCGGGCGAGUCCGGCGCGGACAGCGCGGCGCCGAGCCCGCGCCGGCAGCUGCGCGUCGACGUGCACGCCGCCGCCGACCUGGCCGAGAGGAAACGCAGUGCAUUGGAGGAGCAACUGGCUGGCAUCGGCUACAUCGACGGGGACUCGCCGCGCGCCAAACCCGCGGAGAAGAGACACUCGGCGCGACACGACAACCUCGCCAAACGCCUGUGCAAAGACCGCGACAGUCCCACCGCCAGCUCGGAGUUCCAGAAUACCGCGAACAGCGUCAAAAUGAGAGAGCGAACAUCGCCCGCGAAGUGCAAAUCGGCGCGCUACAGCAACCUGCACCAGCAGGAGGACGCGACCGUGGCGCGUCUCAGCUGGCCCCACGACAACCACUCAACUCUCAUCAAGGUGGACUGGCCCGCCGAGGCCUCCGCCACCAAUCUCACCAGCUCCACUCUCAACACCCCCCUCUACGACCCUCUAGAGAGCGACUCCGAACUCAGCGACAACAAACACACCAUCACUAUCAACAAUUGCGACAGUUGCGAUGAGAAAUGCCUCAAGUGCGAGCUCAAGGCGGCCGAUUACGAAAACAUCAAAGUCGAAGACUACACCGACACUCUAAAGGAUAGCUUGGAGGCCAGUCCCGCCAAUUCCACCAACAUCAGCUACCACAAUCUCAACAGGCUCUCCGCUCUCUCCUCCUCGACUUCAGAGGGAACAGGUAAAAAGGAGGCGUCGUACGAAAACUGUGAUAUGAAAGUCAUGACUUCGUCUCACGAGAGCUCUUCCAGUUACAGCAACAUUAGCCCCAAACCUGACGAACUUUACGAGUGCUACAGUUUCAGCCGCCCGAACUAUAUCAAUCUGCAGUCAUCGAGCUCUAAAAGCUCGCCCGGCAGUCCUUUAAAGAGCCCGCUCAAAAGCACAAUAAGCAUCACGUUCAGAUCGCCCACUAAAAAGUCUCCAGACUAUGAACCUAUUGAAAAUGAUACUCCGACGAAUGAGAGAGAUUCUGUCUACGAAGAUAUAGAUUUAGAGAAGAAUCUCUCGAUCGUAGAGGAAGCUACGGUGCCGGAAGCGGACGCGAGCCUCCCGACCCAACAGGCGUGCCAACCUCACAGCUUCACCGAAGAUCUGAUCAUUCUAGAAACGCCCACCGACUCCGAUGUGGAUAACACAGACGUGUACAGCCAAGUAAAGUUCUUCAAGAAAAGUAUAGAAGAAGUCAACGCUAUGAUAUUAGAAUCGCCGCCGAAGGAAACUCACUAUGAAAACAUGUCCUUUGACGGUAGACAAUACGAAAAUGUCGAUAUGAAGGCCACACAAGAAAACGGUAAUAUUAUUAAACCAAAAGAAUCUCUAAACGUAAGAGAACUGGCCAACAGAUUUGAAAGUCCUACAGAACAGAAGGGCCCCUUCUUCGAAAAGUUUAAAACUGAAGUUAAAUAUCCCGACAAAGAGGAAUCUCAACCGCCGCCUUCGCCAAAAUGUUACAAAUUAUCUAAAAACUCAUCCAACGCGAGAUCUUUAGACGAAAACGCUUUUAUAAAAGAGUUCGGCCCUGAAAAGAAUUACGUAGACAGAAGAAAAAGUUUAGAAGUGAAAGACGUUAAAAAGCAAAACAAAUUCCUACCGGAUUUAAAUCUCAAUUUAAACAUGGAGGAAGACAAACAACCGACCACGCCUACUACUGAAAAUAAAAUAUCUCUAAUACAAAGAUUUGAUACUAAGAAAGACAUUAAAAACUUAAUAGGAUUUGACACGGAAAAGAAAUUAAGUAGAGAACGAAUAGAGAAGUAUAAAGAAGAACGAAGAAACUUCUUGAGAGAGAAAUAUAGUUCUCAAUCUUUUAGGAGUAACCCGGAACAGCUUACUAGGGUUAAGGUUAAGAAAGAGGAAAGUCCUAAGUUUGAGAGACGGAACACCGUCGAUUUGGGACAAAGAAUGAGAUUCUCACUUGCUAGAAGUAGCCAGCAGUUGGACUCUAUCCCCUCCCCCACUAGCCCGGAAAGGGGGGAAAGUAGCGCUGGACGCCAUUUCGAGAGGAAAGAGAAGAUGUCUCCAUCGUACAACAUUCGAGACAUGGCCGCCAUUUUUGAGCAGAAGACGCAGAACAGCGGCUGAAUGACGACACACCGGCGACUUCGCGUCGACAUACCGACGACACAUAGUCCACACCGCGGCGACACACCGGCGACUUCGCGUCGACACACAGUCCACACCGCGGCGACACACGGGCGACAUCGCGGCGUGAUAUCCUAACACCGACUGUACUGUUUAAUUGUGGUUCACAUAAUGUAAACCGAUCGAUACAUGCUUAAAGAAUAUAAUAUUACAGAAAUUUACUAGCUUUCUGUAGAACCUAGGUGUUUUUAAUAAUAAAUCUACCGUGAGACACUGACAUACUCGUAUUAAACAUGUAAACGAAUCGUGAGCGAAACAUGUCGAGCGAUCUCAGACAAUUUUACGCGAGUCACCCUACUUUACAUGUUUAAUAUAACUUAGGUAUUAUUUCAUAUUGGUGGAAAGUGCUCCGAUGUAAUUAACUAUGGCAUUUAACAGAGAUUUUAAUGUUUGUUUCAUUACAAUGUUUCAGCCUCGGUAAGUCCCGGCGUACUUGUAGAAGUACAAAUUAAAUUCAAGUUUCGAACUCUUAUAGAAAUAAAAGAAAGUUUCAAAUUUACUAUCGGAAAAUUGACCUGGGACUCAAGAGGAUAUAUCGAAGGUUUCGAUGAAUCUCGUUUAAGAAAUCUCGAAUGUAUGUUUUGAGCGAACUUAGUUGUAACCCUUAAAUUCAUAGUGAUGCAUCAUAUAUUUUUAACUCUAUAUUUUAAAAUUCAAAUUUGAAUAAGUUAUUGUCAAGUCAUGAAUGGGGUUAAAUAAAUCAUUGACAGUCGGUGAUACGUUUGACUAGUGCGUCGCGCGUUUAAUGUUAUU